AUGGAGGCUUCCAGCGCUACAGCCGGCUUCUUUCAGAGCCCUCCAGUCAUCGAGUCUCAAAUCGAAGAUGAUCGUAUAUUUCGACGUGCCGUGUUCCUCCACCUUCCUAACCCCAUGCCGCAAGGCAUCCUUGAAGACCUCACUCGACUAUCUCGCCUAGUACUCUCAAACCAGAUCCAGUCCUAUCUCGCCGAUGCAGAACGCAACCAGCCAUCCUUGAAGCCUCUCACUACCUUUGGCGUAGAGAACAAGUACGAUUCCUUAGUCACUAGUGAAGGCUGGCGAAAACUUCAAGACAUUGGAAUUGCAGAGGGAAUGGUUGCCCUUGGCCAUGAGCUGCCCAGCGGCAGCCAAAUUUGGAAUAAUCGGGUGUAUCAGAGCUUGAAGUUCAUUCUCUGGAAUCCAGGCUCGGCGGUAGUGACCUGCCCCGGCAGCAUGACUGAUGGCGCAGCGUGUUUACUAAAAAGGCAUUUGAACGAUGAGAACGGUGAUAUCUUCACAGAGGCUCGGAGAAGGCUUAUCCACCGCGACCCAACGGUUGCAUGGACAAGUGGUCAAUGGAUGACAGAACGAAAAGGAGGUAGCGACGUCCGUGGAACAGAAACGGUGGCCAGAAAACUUUCCGGCGCAGAAAAGGCAGAGACGGAUGGCGUUGAUGCUCACGGGAUGCCACUUGGACCCUGGCGUAUCGAUGGCUUUAAAUGGUUUUCCUCAGCAACCGAUGCAAAUAUGUCCAUCAUGCUUGCAAAGACUAGCCCGGACGGAACAGUUAGUGCUUUUUACGCUCCGCUCCGCAGAAAAGUGAGGGGUGGUGAUGGUGAAACUGAGCUCAAUGGAAUCAGAAUUCAGCGACUCAAGAACAAGCUUGGUACAAAAGCACUCCCUACCGCAGAGCUGGAACUCAAGGGUGUGAGAGGUUAUCUCAUUGGAAAAGAAGGUGAAGGAGUCAAGGAGAUUGCCACAGUACUGAAUAUAACGAGAACACAAAACGCCAUUGCGUCAGUUGGCGCUUGGGGUCGUGGUUUGGCCAUAUCAAAGGCGUACGCAAAAGUGAGAGUUGUUCGAAACACCGCAUUGGCAGACAUGCCCGCCCAUGUCAGAAAGCUAGCAAAGGACCAUGUGCACUAUGCUGCCAAUACGCAGCUGGUAAUGCUCAUUGCCGCGUUGCUGGGUCUUUCUGAAGGCCAGAAGAGCGGCGCCACACCAGCGGCGCAGGUGAAUAUCGUCCCACAAGACCAGCAGCAUGCACAGGCUUUAUUGCGGCUCCUAACGCCUAUGGCGAAAGCCCAGACGGCACUUGCGGCAAUUGCAGGAGUACGUGCCUGCAUGGAGAACUUGGGCGGUGUUGGCUUCCUCGAAAACGAGGAUCCACUAUUCAAUGUCGCCCGUUUGUUCAGAGAUACCUGUGUUCUGAGCAUCUGGGAGGGCACCACAGAUAUCAUGGCAGAUGACGUUGUCCGGGUUGUGAAAGGCAAACUAGGUCCAGCUGUCCUGGCCGUAUUGAGUGGCUGGAUUCAGAACGCUCUGGAUGUGGGCAAUGCUACGGGAUUCCGCAAUGAGGCCCAAGCCCUGCAGCGAGCAUGGGAGAAGUGGAUUGCGGAGACAAAAGAGUUGGAUCGAGAACAACUCAAAUGGCAAGGCAGAAAGUACCUUCAGGAUAUGGAAUAUUUGGUCUGUGGUUGUCUUUUGGUUUUGGAUGCUUCUAGAGACCGGGAUGAAGUCGCCAGAGAAAUUACCAGGCGGUGGGUUUUGGGUGAUAGCUCAUCACAGGAGUCCUGGAAAGCGCAGGCUGCGUGGGAUAAGCGCAUUGUCUUUGGCACUGAAACCGCAAAUGCGCGAUUGUAA